AUGAGGGUAAUAAUUGAUGUAUGGGGGCAUGAAUUUACCCUGGAAGUAGGUCUCAAAGAAUCAGUUGUUGAAAUCAAAAGGAAGAUGGAACAGCUCUUGGGCAUCCCAAUGGCUUCACAAACCCUAGCAGUAUGUGGAUGGGAGUUGGUAGAUGGACUAGACAUGGAAGAUUAUCCAAUUGUCACACCAGGUACAAAAAUCGACCUCACCGUCAAAUCCAUGGAACCGACUACCAUUCCGGUUAUCAUAAAAAUUUCAGGGAAGCAGCACCAGAUGCAAGUGAGUAGAACAGAAACUGUGUACGGCCUUAAAGAGAAAAUCCACAUUAUUGAUGGCACACCCAUCAAAAGAAUCUCUCUCUUUUUCUGUGGAAUUGAGUUGGAAAACGAUUUUUGCAACUUGAGUGAGUACGGUGUUAAUGAAUUUUCCGAGAUACUUUUGUUGCUCAAGACCAUGAAUCGAAUAAAGAGUGACCCUCCGUCGAGGAGGUUGAGUCUUGUGGUUCAAACAUCCUCGAGUUUGCUCAAUGCGACCAGCAUUCCGGUGAGAAUCAAGGACUCGAACACAGUUAAUGAGCUGAGGCAACUGCUUCUGAGCAGAAAACUUCUUCCGAUUGACGAUUAUUUGUUCAUUCAUAGGCAGAUGACUAUGCGAGAAAACUGCAGCCUCAGGUCGCAUGGUGUGGAAGAUGGAGAUCCCAUAUACGUAUUCAAGGGGACAGUCCAUCGCAGCGGAUAUUAAUAUGCAAGACAAUAGUAGUUCC